AUAUCGUUACACGAAUCCUUCUAUGCUAUCUCGAAGCUUGUUCUUAUAUGUACUUCUUGAUAUUUAAUUCGAGAUUGAGAAUUUACAAUAGGUUUUCAUAUAUUUUACCUUGUGCAUUCACUAUAGGAGCGAAACUACUCGUCUUGAAUUUCUCUUGGACUGUUGUCGUAGCUACUUUUUUCUACUGUCUGAGUCUGCUGGAUCUGGACUCCAGCAGAUACCAGUUAGGGUUAGGUUAGGGCAGAAAAGCCGACGUAGAAAUGUGAUAUUGAACUUCACGUAUCGUUUAGAGUUGCUCCAUGAACAUAAAAGUUAAUAUGAAACAAUGUGUUGUAAUUUUUCUAAGCGAGUAAAGAGGAUUGGUAAUUAAAAGAUUUAUAUUCAUGUGAAACCUGUUGUGCGAGGUUGAUAUCUGUUAUCUUGUGUAUAACGUAACGUUGGUACCCAAACCAACGGGAAUUAAUAGUUCAAACGAAAGGAAACGAAAUUGGAAAUAUAAGAAAAUGCUGUGCUACGAUGGGAAACUCAGUCUGUUCUGUUUUACUGCCGCUUCUCUAAUCGCUAUCCUUCCAGAAGUGCUACUCAGGUUAGAGUUCGACGUUCCGCAGGCCUAUUUCAACAAGAUCUGGCUCACACACCUCUUCCAGUAUGGAUUUUUAAACAUACUCCUACUACUAGCCUUCCGCGGCUUCUCUUAUCAGGUCGCUGUGAGAGCAGCAUUUCUAGGAUAUGUCUUCGGUAUUGGGAUCAUAGUUUCAUUGAUUGCCAGCCCUUCGUGGCAGAUGUUCGGCAUGUACAUCACCGUAAUGGCUACGUUUCACUACACCGAGUUCCUGGGCAUAGCUUGUAUAAACCCGUCCGCCCUGUCCAUAGACAGUUUCAUCCUGAACCAUAGCAUAGCUUACGGGGUGGCAGCAAGCUCUAGUUGGAUGGAAUUCGUGGCUGAGAGGCAGUACUUCCCUAGCAUAAAGGAGCCCAGCUCUGUAUCCUAUUUCGGUUUAGUGUUGUGUGUCUGCGGAGAGCUUCUGAGGAAGCUGGCAAUGUUCACUGCCAAGCAGAACUUCAGUCACAUCGUGCAGGACGAGAAAUUAGAUGGUCAUGAACUGGUCACUCACGGGGUGUACAGGGUUUGCAGGCAUCCGAGCUACGUCGGAUGGUUUUAUUGGUCCAUAGGAACUCAGUUGAUACUACAGAAUCCGCUCUGCCUGUUGGCAUACAUCGCAGCCGCAUGGAAAUUCAUCCGCGAUCGUAUAUACUUCGAGGAGACUACUCUAUUGAAUUUCUUCGGACAGGACUACGUCGAUUACCAGAAGAAGGUCGGGACGGGGAUGCCUUUCAUAUCUGGCUACAAACUGAAUUUAUAGCAGCCGGUCUGCGUUUAAGUAAACGGCACUUGCAUUAUGUCAAUUUCUCAGGAGUAUAAUAAAUCUAAUCUUUGUACUAAUCCCUUAUUUUGUAAAUCGCGAUGGGGAGCCGUGACACGAGUGUUCUUAACAAAAUUAUAUUUAUUGUCUCAUUUCAUUUGAAAGAAUUAUAAUAUCAUAUAACAAUAGACUACACUUUCAUCGUUAGAUACUUUCAGUUGAUGGAUUAUACGU